AUGUCGACUAGAAGGAAAAGCCGUGGUCGCCAAAAGGUCGAGAUGAAAAAGAUGAGCAAUGAGAGCAACCUGCAAGUGACUUUCUCCAAGCACCGUAGUGGUCUCUUCAAAAAAGCUAGUGAGCUUUGCACCCUUUGUGGUGCAAAAGUUGCUCUUGUUGUUUUCUCACCUGCCGAGAAAGUAUUUUCCUUUGAUCACCCCAAUGUUGAUAUAGUCAUAGACCGUUAUCUCUCACUGGCCUUGCCCCAACACAAUGGCACUAUGCAAUUUAUUGAGACUCAUCAUAGUGCCAAUGUGUGUGAGCUCAAUAAAACCGUCACUCAAGCCAUUAACCAGCUCCACGUUGAGAAAAAGUGUGGCGAUGAGCUGAACAAUUCGUGCAAGGCGACUGAGGCUCAGUUUUGGUCGGCUUGUCCUAUUGAUGGAAUGAAUAGAACCCAACUUGAACUUUUCAAGAAGGCUUUGAAGGAGUUGAAGAAACUUGUUGCUCAACAUGUUGAAAGGAUUGUGAUUCACGGUGCAUCUACCCAAACCCUUCCAUUCUUUCUUGAAAAUUCUUUCACCUCUAAUAACUCUGUCCCUCCUCAUCAACAACAAGUUCAAAUGUAUCCACUCCAAUUUUUUCAAAACCCUGUUACGCCACCACCUCAUUUGUUUGACUUCAACAAUAUGGGAGUAGGAUAUGGGCCCACCAAAUUCUUUUGA